AUGAGCAACCAGGCUGCUGAUCACAACACUCCUGUACCCAAUCAGACUGGAGUCAUAGAUGGGAUGAUCAGCACCAGUCGUGUUGAUGAAGACGGUAGAGCGCAGCGUCGAACCGGUGGUCCUGGGGGCUCAGCUCAGACGAUACCAAGUCGCCGUCGAGCGGUUUCACGUAAGUCGUCACCUAUAGAUCGUGCUCGCGAGACACUUGGAGAAGAGACUGUCCGUCAACUACAACAAACUUACCGAUCGUUGGAUUCUACAUGGUCCGAGCACGACCAGGCUGAAGAGAUUAAAAGGAGUGAUUAA